UGGCUAGUGGAACUUGUCGCGAGACAGACUGGUGAUGAUGGGCAGCAUGAAGUGGUAGAUCACUACUAGUCGUGACUGCACGGUGAAGCUUUCUCAGCAUUGGCAGAACAAAUCUUGGUGCGGGCUGUCGCGAGCCUACUCGAGAGAAAUAUGUGAACAAAACGCGCGAAGUUGGUAAUUGAGAAGAGUGCCGACAUGGCUACGCCAACAAGAACACAAGCAGUCUCGACUCCCAAGUCACAUCUUACCCCGAACAAAGUAAACGCCUCUCCGCGACCCGGUACGUCGGGAAAUAAUGCGAGUCGAAAUUUGGCCUACAAAUCCCCGGCUGUCAAAACGCCAGCUUCACUACAAGGCCACGGUCAUCACCUCAGUGUGUCCUCCCAGCCAUCCUCCACUCCUCUAGGCCCCAACACGAUCCACGACGAUCUGCUCGCAAUGAAUUCACCUGCUGCGGCUCUCAUCGCUUCCAUGGGCUCAACGGGAAUGACGCCACUGGCGAACGGCGCAGAUGGCUUGGGCAUAACCAGCAACGGGCAAGGGGCCACACCAAGAGCGACCGCGGUUUCUGCCAAUCCUGAAAUGGAGCGCCUGCAGAGAAUACAAAUGGUGGCGAGUACGCUGAAAAGCCGAGUGGCAGGGCGCGGUUUGACACGAGAAGGAGUUGAGAGGAUAGCACAAGUACAUGGAUUUUCCACAUUGUUGGACGAAGGGAACCUCUCGAUCGCUGGUAAGGCCACGGUCGAUCUUGAGGUAGUUUUCGAUACAGUCGAUCGAGACCUGAUUCGAGAGGUCAACCUCAAACUCAUCAAGAAUGACGCGCCCGAGGCCCAAUUUCAAGAGCAAGGCACGCAAGUUCUAAAGGACAACCUCCAGCCAUUUACCAUUGUCGAUGGGAUUGCCCAAUGGACAGAUCUACGCGACUACGAAUCCAAUCUGGACUACCUUCGCCAGCUGGAUUGCAUUCAAGGUGGCAUUGACGCCGUCGACAGUCUCUAUGAUGCCUUCCAGAAGAUUUGGAAUGCUGAAAAGGAUAGACUGAAACCCGUCAAAGUACGACAACGUCUCAGGCGCAGUGCCCUGGGCCGACCAUACAUGGACCGGACACCAAGAUUGGGUCUGGCCAUUGAUUAUUGGAACCGCAGACCGGACUCACAACCGGCUUCGGAAGACGACAACGACGACCCUCUUCCCGAUGAUAGUAUAUACUCAGCGAACAUAUCAUGUGAGCAAGGCAAGCCUUAUACGCUGCCACUGGACAACUGGGUAUCCGAAUCCGUUCUCACUCAAGCACCACAAAGCGAGAAUCAACCGGAAGAGGAGGUGAAAGUGGAGCCAGACUGGCAGGCCUCUGCCGAUGAAGCCGAUUAUCUGAACUUGGUCGAAAAAGCAGACGCUGUGGACCCGACUGGAGACCAAAAGACAGAUGCUCCACCGAACAUACUGACAAUGCACUUCAUAUCCAACUUGGUGCCAGAGGUAUACCUACCCCUGAACGUGGCGGAAAGUAUUGUGGAGCUCGGUAUGUUUGAAAUGAACCCGGAAAUGACGGUGACGUACCAGAAGGCCCUGCAGGACCACUUCAACACCACCAAAGCACGUGGUAGUCAAAGUACAUCCGAGGAAAGAUGGCCCAGAUGUCUGCCAAUCACGUCCGGGGAUGGACCCUCAAGGUAUCGCCACCACUCAUACGCGCUGCAUUCAGUUCAGCCCGGAGCUGUACUCUGGUGCUAUCCGGUUACCCGUCUGAAGUUCAUUCAUCCUAGACAACUGGCAGGAGCCAUACCAAUCCUGCGUCAAUAUGCUUUGGUCUGGAGUCUUUUACGAAGUCUCGUGGAAUAUGGAGACGCCGAAACGAACACAGAGUCCACGGCUGCCGCCGAUUAUCCCACUCAGAAGAAGGGGAUCGCGGCCAGACCCUCUCGAACUUCGAGAAGAAGUAAUGCCAGAGCCGCCAAAAGCAGGCUUGAUGACUUAUUGGGAGCUGGUAGUCCAUUAAAAGGACAAGACGACGUGAUCCCUGUCGAUGUCAGCCUUGAUACCGUGUCAGACAGUCCCAAAGCCAAACUGGAUAUCUACGUCCCGCUACUUGGAUCCCUCGCCGGCAAAAGACAGAGUCCUUUCAUAUUCAUCUCUUUACAUGUGUGUCCCAAUGGGACAAUUGAGGUCAAGGACUUGAACGGUUUGGAAGGUGGGGGGGACGUUGAUGACUUGAAGUUUCGUAAUAUGGUUUCCCGUAUCAUUACAAUGACAGAGGAUAUCGGCUUGUUAGUCGAGUGGCUUCUAAUGAAGGCUCGAAGAUCAGGAUGACGGUUGGAAGUAGCAAUAGAAGCAAAGAGGAAAGCUUCUCUGUGUAUUGGUACUACGAUGAAGACUCCUUUCUAAACACUGUCUGUGAGACGUUGGUAUUCGUCUAAGGGAGUGCCUCAUCAUCAACUAAAUCGAUGUGAUGAUUCGGACAAAAGGAUGCCAUCACCCUUUGAUAAAAAGAGGUUUCUCAUACUGAGCUACUAUUAUUUCAAAGAUACCUAACUAAGGUACACUUCACAUUACG